CCGGAAGGACCCGGCCGUGGGCGGGCAGAGUGCGGAAGCGUUGAGGCGGCUGCAGGGAGGGGUCCGGCUCCCGUUCCCGUCCCCGGCCCUGUCCUCGGCCUCCGCCGCGCCUCGCACCAUGGGCAACCGCGACGACGAGUACGAUUAUCUCUUCAAAGUUGUCCUUAUUGGAGACUCUGGAGUAGGCAAGAGUAACCUCCUGUCUCGAUUCACUCGCAAUGAGUUUAACUUGGAAAGCAAAAGCACCAUUGGAGUAGAAUUUGCAACAAGAAGCAUUCAAGUUGAUGGGAAGACAAUAAAGGCUCAGAUAUGGGACACAGCAGGGCAGGAACGAUACCGAGCUAUAACAUCAGCGUACUAUCGAGGUGCUGUAGGGGCAUUGCUGGUGUAUGACAUCGCUAAGCACCUCACUUACGAGAACGUGGAGAGGUGGUUGAAAGAGCUGAGAGACCAUGCAGACAGCAAUAUUGUAAUCAUGCUUGUGGGAAACAAGAGUGACUUGCGCCACCUGAGAGCAGUCCCUACAGACGAGGCCAGAGCUUUUGCAGAGAAGAAUGGUUUGUCAUUUAUCGAGACAUCUGCUUUAGACUCUACAAAUGUGGAAGCAGCUUUCCAGACUAUUCUGACAGAGAUCUAUCGUAUUGUUUCCCAGAAGCAAAUGUCCGACAGACGCGAGAAUGAUAUGUCUCCAAGCAACAACGUGGUUCCCAUUCAUGUCCCUCCAACCACUGAAAACAAACCAAAGAUGCAGUGCUGUCAGAAUAUAUAAGGAGUGUUCAUUCUUUCCUAAAAGGCUGUGUAUAUUCCCCAGGUCCAAGAUUUAAAUAUAUUUGUAAUUCUUGUGGUUACUUUCUUGUGUUCAGUUACUGCUUAUUCCUUCUGAAUUUCUCCAUGUCUUAAACACUUUGAUUUCUGUGUUUAUAAUCUAUUGCUUCUACGUGGCUGCAGUAUUUUCCCAACGCUGACUUGUCGGUUUUGGUUCAGUAAAUUGUUUGGAGCUGAACCGAUCUCUUUGCAGCGUGAUGCCCGCUAGUCAGAA